GCCAUUUGGAGGAAAGAGGCAAAACAAUCUUUUAUCCUCCUGACCGGGCGGCUUUUUGGGGUAGCGGCGGCGGUGGCGGCAGUGGUGGAAAACUUUACAUGUAGGCUAGAAUAUAAGUAAAGACACAGACAGUUCCCAUCAACUUGCGACAAUCCUAAUAAAUGUAUCUGACUCCAGCAAUUUGCACUAAAAUUUCUAGAAAGCUGGUUUUCUUUCUCCUUCUGCUCGCCUUGUCUGAAUAUGGAGUCCAAAUAUAUUGUGGAGAAGUCGUCGGUUGGGACAGGAGUUGGCGGUGCGGACUUUAACUGUCGGACCGGCCGCUCGGUGCUCCGCGACACCCGGGUCCCUUCGGUGGAAAAAAACGGUUCCAUGUCGGCGUACACAAACGGGGCCGUGCCGUACAAAAACGUAAUGGACGGCGGUUCGGCGGCGGAGAUUAAAAGCGAGAGGAUCCAUCUAAAAGGGAACGGGUUGUCUCUGGGUGGUCGGCUGUUGCACGACGUGGAAAAAAAUGGCCCGUUGGACCAAAAAGACACAGGUUCCAUGGGGAUCCUGAAAAGGGCAAGCCCCACUCACUGCCUAGGUGUAAACGGGCAGUUGCCAGGUGGCUUUAUGCAUUUGGACAUCAGAAACCCUGGGAAACAGCCAGAGCCGACCAGCAACUUCAGAGCAGCGCAAGGGCAGAUCCUACCACAGACAGAGAGACAUUCCCUCUCAUCAUCCCACAUCCCUGUCCCCAGAAACAGGAAGCCGUCAGGUCAUGCCGAUAAGGAGGUGAUGGCUGCCACCGUCCUGACCUCACUGUCCACAUCACCUUUGGUGCAUUACCCUUCGUCUGCACCCACAGCCCCCGAGCCGGCCGGCAGAGCUUGGAAAGAGGUGCUGUCAGCUAGCUACAGCAGUUCGACCAGCGGCAACUGGAGCUGGGAUGCCAGUGACCAUUCAGUCCCCUCCACUCCGUCCCCACCACUUUUAAACGAUACCAACAAGAACUUCCCGCUCUCGUCCCAGGGUGAUGAUGGCAGUGAGGAUGUCACAGAGAGCCCGCACUUCAUGUUUGAAGACCCCAUACCUCGGAAGCGAAAGAACUCAAUGAAGGUCAUGUUCAAGUGCUUGUGGAAGAACUGUGAAAAGGUCCUCAGCACCUCCUCAGGGAUCCAGCGACACAUCCGCACCAUCCACCUGGGGCGAAGCAGUGACUCUGACUACAGUGAUGGAGAAGAGGACUUCUACUACUCAGAGAUUGAGGUCAACAUGGACAGCCUCACGGAGGGCUUGUCCAACCUCACACCCACCUCCCCAACCACAGCCGGUCCGCCGCCCAUCUUCCCUCCACCACUCACCGAUGUCCCUCACUCCAAGCACAUCAACAUGAAUGGUUCGCAGUGCCACGCCCCUUCACUGCUCAGUCAGUCAGCUCCCUCCACACUCUGCCACAUCCGCACUGACCAUGCCUACCAGGCCACCGCUCCAGUGAGUAUCCCAGUGGGUCCUGAGCUGGCUGGGAUAGGCAGUGGUAAUGGGAUCGGGCCUGGAACUGGGACUGGCAAUGGCAUCAGUGUGUCGUGGCAGUCCCCUCCUGUCAUUUUUAAAGGCAUCCCGGGGGCUACAACUCAUGUUCGUACAGUUAGCAUUGGAGAAAAGCGGCAGCCAGCACCUAGCGCACACACCACUGUUAACAAGAACCAUCCACUGAUUACGCCAUCGCCUAAAUCAACACAAGGAGCCAGGAAACCCCGUGGGGAGGCGAAGAAGUGCCGAAAGGUGUACGGCAUGGAGAAGAGAGACAUGUGGUGCACAGCCUGUCGUUGGAAAAAGGCCUGUCAGAGAUUCACCGACUAAUAAAGUCCCCUUCCUCGGUCUGCGAUAUGAGCUCUUCCCCGCUAGGAGCGACAGCGAGGUGGACACUUCCACUGAGGAAAUAAGGGGAGUCUCUUCACAAUGGAGUUCUCAGCACUGCUUCCUCCAGCCCAGCAGGGGGUUUCGCCUUCACUCUUUUCCGUUUCCAAACACAAAGACAAAACAAAACUGAUGCUUCAAAACAAACAUUUAAAAAAAAAACUUCUCGAGAGAGAGGGGAAAAAAAAGAAAUCUUUAUGCAGGUUUGGAUACUUUGUUCUAAGACUGAAACAUUUUCACUCUGUUGAGUUAAGGAAAAAAAGAAACAUUUAAAUUCGAUUAUAAGCCUUCUGAUUUGAGUUUUUGUUUUCAAAUUGCUUCAACUCAAGGCAUUGUUUAAAGACUACAAAUAAGCUUUUGGGUAUGCUCUGUUGUUUAUCAGAAGAGCAUCAUGCAAGCUACUGUUUUUGAGUCGGAUCAUGGGUUAACACCUGAUGUGCUUUGUAAGACCUCUGUAGCAUAUCUGUUUCUCAGUGUCACUGUUUAAGGGACUCCAAACCUACCAGGUGCAAAAAGCCUGUUCACUUACAGCCAGCAUUUUUGGCGUAAGCUCUACCAUCUCUGUCUUCAGCAGUCUGGCUGACUGCAUGUCGAAAUGCGUGUUGUCCAGUAUGAAACAACUAGUUUGUUACGCAGAUUCAGAGUAGCCAAACAGCUAUAUUUGUUUUGCAAAGCUGCACAAAAACCCUUCACACUAAGUGGUACAAAAAUAUUUCCUGUGAUGCACCAAAAUGUUUUCAAGAUAUGUAUUUCCCUCUGUUCUUCUCUCUACUUUUAGAAAUAUGCACCUUCUUUUAAAGUAUCACGGUAACAAAAAAAGUGGACAUCUGUUUCUUAUACUGUGUAGUUUAUUUUCAGCAAUGAGUUGCUGACGCAACAAGUAGACUCACUGUGCAAUUGGCAGAGUUGCAGGAUUGAUUAUCAUCUGUCUUGCUUUGUGGUUUAGUUGAGGCUGAAAGGCUGAUAGUUUUCUCUUCUAACAGCUGAUGCUCUUAAAGAGAUUGUUUACCACAACGAUACGUGAAUGAGAACUGCCCUUUGAAACUUUAACUUACAGUCUGACUUAUUAUCUGACUUGAUUGCCACCUGAUGAUGACGAUCAGGCGUUCUAAUUCAUUUUCUUACAGUUUUGAGUGGACAGGUUACUCACUCUGCCAUAUUUGGAAUAGUUAGCAUUAACCAGCAUUGCACACCAGAGUUAAUUUCAUACAUCUGAAAUUAUCUUUUGCUCUGGUGUAACAUUUGGAAAUAAAUAAGCAGGAUUAAGUCAAGUCAGUGCAGGGCAGGGUUUUUGUAGAUUGACUGAUUUAUGUAAACAAUUAAUGUAGCAAUAUUUUACCAAAAUGAAGUCUUACUUUUCAGAUUAGGCCUAUAAGAGUAAAAGAGAGGCCAAGGUUUCCAUGCUUUAGGUUAAAUAUAAGUGGUAGAUUUUUAGAAGGUUAAAUUCUUUAUUGUUCGUUUUUUCCCCUCAACCUAAUCCUUUUAAGGAUGUUUUACAUCACAACUGGAAAUUUAAAGUAAAUGGUUACUUCUUAAAAUCCCAUUUAUCUCAAAUAAGCAACAGAGAGCAAAAUAAAAACAAGAUAUUUUUUAGUUCGUCCCUGUUUAAAGGUUAACUAGCUUUAAAUUGUGAACUUCAAGGGCAAAAAGCACUUGUAAUUGACAAAUAAAUGACAUGAGUAGUCUAUGUAGUGAUCUCUUUUUGAUAUUAUUUAAAAAAAAAAAUCAGGAACAAUUUUUAAGAGUGCAUUAUUAUUUACGCUUAUUCCCCUUCCCCCAUUCAUAGUGUACAUCUCAUCAAGUUCCUCAGAGCUGGCUGAGGUGGUUUUUAGAUUUAAAUGACUGAGAUGAAAGAUAAUCUUCUAAAGAUACUUCUCAUUAACCAUUGAGCCAAAUAAAAGUACUGACAUUCUUAGUGACAAAAUAAAGAUUUCUGGCAAAACUUCACCUAUUUUCAAAGGUCACAGAAAAGAAGGUAAAGUCUGAAAGUAAGGCGCCAUGAGCCCUUGUAGUAUGUAGAAUAGCUUUACUUUUUGACCGAUGUGACUGUUGAAAGUGUUGCUGGAUCUUCUGUGCAGUUUGUAAUAUCUAUUCUUUGGACUGCUAAUUCUGAUACAACCCAACUCCAUUAAGAAGAAAAAACUUUUAACGGGUAACUAUGUUUCUCUCAGAGACAGAUAAAACGGAUGUAUAUUUUUUUCCUUUUUCUUUUUUUUGAGAUUCAACUUUGUGUUUAUUUUUAGCAGAUUUUAUAUGCAGCUCUGCAGCAUGCCCCCGACUCUCUAAGCGACACUGCCGUUACCUGAUCUCAGUAGAAAUGUAUGACAAACAGAGUGCCUGUCCUCCGUAUGAGAAUGCCAUCUUUGAGCAGUCUCCUUGACUGAGGUGCAGGAUGACUUCAGACAUCUGUCGCCAUAGAAACACCUGUGCUGUCCUUUGUCAUCGCAGAGUCGCAUGUGCUGUCUGCUGUUGGCUGAUGCCACCUUAGAGUGAGAGAAACAAUUAUUUUAUCUCCUGAGUUUUGGAGUUCACUCACUUACAAAGAAAUAAACUAGUUUUUAUGGUAAUUACAUUUUAAUGUAAUUAAAAAGAAAGAAUAUCAACCAAAAAAAACCCAACAACAACAAAAGUUUACAUGCAAACUUUUAUGUAAAUCACAUUACAUAAAAGUUUGCAUGUAAAACAUGACUUAGUACUUGAUGGACAAACCCUUGUUGACAAGCACAGCAGUAAGAGGUUACUUGUAGUUGGUCACCAGGUUUGAACACAUCUCAGGAGAGAUUUUGGAUCACUCCUCUUUACAGAAACUCUAAAUUCAUUCAGUUUUCUCGGCCUCUGUUUGGCACUUUAAAGCUCAGUUUCAGCUUCAGUUCCCUCCACAGAUUUUCUCUAGGACUGAGGUCUGGAGACUAGCUAGGCCACUCCAUUCAUUUGUUGCCUUGGCGGUAUAUUUUGGGUCAUUGUCAUGCUGCAAGACUCAUCCACGAGCCAUGUUCAGUGUUCUGGCUGACUGAUGGAGGCUCUCUUCCAAGAUUUUACAGUACACAGCCUCGUCCAUUGGCCCCUUUAAUGCGGUGAAGUUGCCCUGUGCUCUUAGCAGAAAGAGAGCCCCAAAGCAUAAUGUUUCCACCUCUGACUGUGGGGAUUGGUUUUCUUUGAGUGAUACUCAGCAUUUCUGUUCCUCCAAACAUGAUGUCUCACUGCAGCACUUUCUCCAAAGCCUGUUCUGAAUCACUUAGAUGUUCACUGGCAAACUUAAGAUGGGUCUGUACAUGUGCCUACAUGAGCAGGGGGACCUUGUAGGUGCUGCAACAUUUCAGUCUAUUACAGCUUACUAGUGUGUUACCAAUGGUAUUCUUGGUGACUGUGAUCCCAACUGUCUUCAGAUCAUUAAUAAACUCUUGACGUGUAGUUUUGGGCUAAUCCACCACCUUUUUCAUGAUCAUCUUCAUGCUGUGAGGCAGGAUCAUGCAAGGAGCUCCAGACUGAGGGCGAUUUAGUCAUUUUAUAUUUCUUCCAUUUCCCAACAUUCACACCAGCAGUUGUCACUUUCUCACCAACCUUCCUACUGAUGGUCUUGUAGCUCAUUCCAGCCUAGUGCAGGUCUAGUGCAGCCAAUCAGUGGAGAUAAAGGAGUAUCUCUAACUAGCCAAUCUGUUGGAGCCAGAACUCUGGCUGGGUUGUAGGAGAUGUUUAUUGCACUCACUGAUUGCAAAUAAAUUUAUGAUGUUUAUGUAAUGUUGGUUUUUUUGGGGGGGAUUUUUUGUUUUGGGGGUUUUUUUUGUUUGUUUUUUUGGUUGGUUGGUAUUCUCCCUUAAAUAUUAGCCACUGUUUAUUUCUUUGUAAGUGAGCAAACUUGUAAAUACAGCAAGGAAUCAAAUAAUAAUUUCCCCCACUGUGUAUGGUAGCACUUCCCCCUUCAAGCAUUAAACACACACAAGCACUUAUUGUUGUUAUUGAACAUUAAUUUCCCCACCUUUUAAGAGAAAAAAAAAUUCCUCCCGAUAAAGCAUUACUCCAGUGGCAUCUCACAUAAGCUAGGUCAGCAGGCCUCUAAAGUCAGAAAUUUAACCGUUUCACCAAGUGCCAAUGAAGAGAACACAAAAAGGAAAAGAUAUACUGAACUAAUCAAGUUGCACUAGGUUGCACUGUGCAAAGACGUGUUUUUAUAACUGAAAAUUUUAUAUACGAAACUUUUUAAGUGAAAGGGGUAUUUUGU